AUGACAAUGAAGAAUUAUUUAUUACCUCUGUGUGUGAUGGUCUGCAUCUCUGUGGUGGCAGGCUCACAAUGCACUUCCAACUAUCAAUGUGGAUCAUUCCCAUUUGCUGUCUGCUAUAACUUAACAUCAAAUGCCAUGCUUACUGGUAUUGGCUGGGACUCCAAGACAUCCGAUGUAGUCUUUAUUUCCAGACUUUCUGGCGUAGGUUCCAAUGUAUUCAAGGAGAAGCCAUUCCUUACAUCUCUGGCCGGUUCAUUCCAUGCUGUUGAGGAGAUCAAUGCCGAGAUUGAUGUACCAAAUGGAGUAAAAGUCUACCAACUCUACAAUUAUAUGUCCGAUGCUGGAAUUCCAAUCCUUGCCAACUUCAUGCCAACUGGUGUCGCUGGUGUUGGUCCAUACACCCGUGGUGUCUUUGAGCAAGUGUUCUCUGUCCUCAGUGUUCAGUUGACUCUUGACUAUGACGAGCCAAACAACAUCCUCUAUAGCUGUGACCUCGAUGUCAGAAAGUACUCUCCAAUCCCAAUGACCCGUGAUGGCCGUCUCAACAACGUCACCAUGUACAAGGAUCUUGCCUGCAGUGGACUCUCCCACCAGAAGACCGAUCUCUUCUUGGCCGCAUCCCCCCGUACCGAACCAGGCACUGUCUUCUACAAGGGAUCAACUUCAUGUGUUAACUGUGAUACCUCCAAGUUGGUCAAGUUGUUCACUGACCCCAACUACAUCAGAGCCUUCGCCACCAACUCUGAAUAUAUCUUCUACGCCACCAGCGCUGGAGUGUUCCAAGUUCCACUGUCCGGUGAUGUCAGCAAGCGUGUCCAAGUGAUGGACAACACUCAGGUCCAGUCAUUGGUUGUUGGUAAUGAGAUGCUCAACAUCCAGACCACUGAUGCCAUCUACCGUUACUGCCCACACAGAAACAACACCAAGAUGAUCUACAGCACCAAGGACCAGAUUAGCCAGGGUCAGUGCUCAUGUGCCACCGGAUUCGCUGGUGAUGCUUGUACCUCUUGUGACGGUCAUGUCAUCUGGAGCAACGCCGAGCCAAGAUGUGUUCGCAAGGGAGGCCCAUCUCAAUGCUUCGAGGACUACCAUUGCGGUAACCCACCAUUCACCCAGUGUCUGUUUGGAUCGUGUGGCUGUCGCUUCAACUUCACAGGUGUCGCUUGUGAUCAAUGCAAGGGCACCAUCACAUGGCAGCAGGGUGUACCCGUGUGCACUCUC